CCAUAUGAUGAAAUGGACAAGACCACCACAUGAAUCCAGCCGGAUCGAUAAUUCACCCGUCUCCGUCCCUUAUAAACCUACUAUUCUAUCUACUGUGAAGCUACCUUUACUGCUGUGCUUCUCUCUACCCUCACAGCAGCAGCAUGGAUUGUUAGAAGCUACAAAUACCCCACCCCUUCCUUCCGGGAACCUUCGGAGGCAGUGGGAUGGCAGGACAAAGAGAUAAGCCAAGAAAACACAGCAAAUGUACUACUGCACCACCAAAAUCUCAGCCGCUUCCCGAGGAGUCGAUGGGAGCUCUCCUGAUCGACAUCCCUUCCUAGUCAAAAACGAAGGUGCCGACCCUCCACCCCCUUCUCUUCUUUCUUAGCAUCGCACGGGAGAAACCCUUUCUUUAGAUCUCAAAGGAUAAUUGGAGGAGAGGAGGAAGAGAUCAGACACAAGGAUUGGAGACCUUCUCCUGCUAUCGAUUUGGUUUUGGUGUCUUGAGGGAGUCUUUGAGGUUUGAGGAAAUCAGCGGAUGGAGUUCACUCGUGGAAGAGAUAUGUCUCGCAUGACCGAGCAACAAGACGCCCGGAAACAUGCUUCUUUUGUGCCUUCCUCUACCUCCUCCUCCUCCUCGCCGUCGUUGCCGCCGUCGUCCGUCGCUCCUUUCAGGUGGAACGACGGCUCAUCGGGAAGCAGCGGCCGUGGUGAAGAGUCUUGUGUCGAGAAGGAGCACAUGUUCGACAAGGUGGUGACGCCCAGCGACGUCGGCAAGCUCAACCGUCUGGUGAUCCCGAAGCAGCACGCGGAGAAGUACUUCCCGCUGGACGCGGGGGACAACGGCAAAGGGCUGCUGCUCAGCUUCGAGGACCGCAACGGCGAGUCGUGGCGCUUCCGGUACUCCUACUGGAGCAGCAGCCAGAGCUACGUGAUGACCAAGGGAUGGAGCCGUUUCGUGAAGGAGAAGCGGCUCCACGCCGGGGACACCGUCUCCUUCGGUCGUGGCCUCGGCGACUCCGGCCGCGACCAGCUGUACAUCGACUGGAAGCGGAGGCCUGGCAACCAUGACGCGGCCCGGAUGCCGCAGAUUUAUUUCCCUGGAGUCUCGUUUGCGCGGUCCGUAGGACCGUGGGGCACCCAUCUCUUCAUGCCCCCUCCUCCUCCUCCUCCUCCUCCUCCUCCGACGACGACGACGACGGCGUACGACCAACACCUCCAGGGGUAUGGAUGCAAUGUCAUGAGUCCGGGUGCUUUGGGGGGCCAGCUCAUUUUCUUUCGAUCUCCACUCACCGCGCCGCCACCGGUCGAGAUGCACUCCGGUGGCCUCUCCAUGGUUCUUGACCCGGCGCCUGUCGUCCACGACCAGGCCACGGCCAAAAACGUAAGGCUGUUUGGGGUAAACCUCGUCUGCGCCGGCUCAGAAGGUGAACCCGUCCCCCGCAGCGAACGCACAUCUCCGAGUUGGUUACCGUCGCCAGAGGCGUCUGCUCUCCCUCCUCUCCAAAAUCAACACAGCAGCGUCGAGUCCUCGUUGGUUUCAUCUUCGUCGACGAGCAAGUAGCAGCAAUCAUCGUUGGAUCUUGACCUACGAAGGAGAUGGAUACCAAAAAAGAGGGGAUGAUAUCUAUUGCCAUUACCUUCCGUAUCGAUUGGCCAAAGCAUGGAAGAUAGUUCCAAAGCAGUCAACUCGACAUUCCUUAAAGUGGAGGACGGCCGGACAGGUUUGGUGCAGCAGAGGUCAGAUCUAAAUCCUUCUCCAUCCAUUUUCUUUUUCUUUAUGUUACAAUCCAUGCAUCAUAAGUUAACAAUGAUGAGCAUAUAUAGCUGCAAGCAUGUCCUGUCUUGCUUUUUUCCUUGGAAACAAAAAGGAUAGGUUUUUCUAGUUUAAUGUCUUCUGAACUUUCUUUGGACUCUUAUGAAUUAAGGGAGCAGAAUGAAGAAGAUAAGUCUCCUUAUCUUCUGCCACUUCAUUUAAAGGCUGUUAAAGUUGGAUCAGCUUUGCUUUUGCUGCAAAUUGAGUACCAGCGGCUGUAUAUGUUGACUUGACAAGCUUUUUGAUGCUCUUACUGCUCACUAACAGUGCAAAAGGAAUUGAAGAAGAAGAAUUAUUAGCGAAAGCAACUGUGGAGAGCUAAAUCCCCUUUUUGGUUGGCAUUCAUCAUCUCCAACAUCAAAAGCUUUCCAUCAUAACCAUGUUUGUUUUCCGCAUACAACUGCUUGGUAGAAAUCUUGCUUUCCAAUUCUGCAUCAAAUAUACAACCUUAGGAAUAUUAACUUGCUCUUCUUGUUUCAAUGCCUGCAUUUUUCUUCUUUUUCUUCCUUGCUAUGCCUCAAGUAAGUAACAUCCAUAUGGAUCUCUUAAACAACAUUGCUUGCUUCUUUAAAGAAUGUGUCAGUGUCUUCUCCUUUUAUCUUUCUCAAGUGCCACAUCACUGGUUAUUUCAACAUUCAUACUUCCAUUUCUAUAAGGAAAAAAAAACCAAUCCUAAACCUUACUUGAGGUAACAAAAGUAAAUACAGCCAUUCGCAUCAUCGCGAAUCAAAACAUUAAGAUCCCGAAGAAUUAUUGCAUAUUCCCUCACUAGGCAAUCUAGGAUUUGGAAUGAGGAUUAAUGACUUCUACCUGGUAAGAAAAAGUAGGGUUCAACAUAUACUAGCCAUAAUAUCUUCACCUAGCUCCUUGCUAAUGUUGGAUGAAAUACACCAAAUGUUGACAUGGGGUUGCUCAUAGCUAGAAUAGUGACAAUCUAAUAUGUCUCUAUAUCUUCAUAAAUCAUAUUUCUUUAAGCUCUUCACUCUUGUAGGUGCCUUUUAAUUUACAUAGUUUUUAGCCUAAUUGUUGCAUACUGAGUACAUCAUCAUCGAAUUCGGUCAUGCUUUUGAUAAAGAAAAAGCAACAUGGCUACUAAUAUGUUGCGACUGUUCUUCAAACUACAAUAAGAUGAUUGUUUCCUAGUUGGAUAAAGAACCCAAUUAUAAUGUGGGAAUUAUUUUAUUGAUUUUGUAAGGUUGUACACAUGUCUAUAAGUCUUGCAGUACUCAUAUCGGUUGGUGUUGUAUAUGGUCAUGUUGGGUCUCUCUUCUCCAAUCUACUGGUCAUGAAAGAACCGAUGACAAAGAUAUCAAGUUCCAUGUAGAUUGGAAGUUCCAAACUUGUGUUUUGGGCAUGCCCGUAUUUAUAUGGAUUAGAAGCUUGGAAGUUUUGUAUGUUGAAUAUUCCAACAUGCAGAGAAAUACACACUCGGGUAUUGAUGCUUUCCUUUUGCAAAAGCAGUGAGUUCUUCUGACAUAAUAGCUUAAUCAUUAGCUAAGAUGGUUUCAUUGCAUUUCAUAACUAUGUCUGCUUAGUUGAAAGAUAUGUUCUUGUUUUUGUUAUGCACACAUUCUUGGCCUGAUUUGGAGACACACAAGUCUUUCCAUUACAGUAUUAUGUAUUGAUAGAGAAUCGUCCACAGAACAGACAUCAACUAGAGAGAUGAGGAAAGGGAGUGAGGCUUCUUGCUUAAAGCAAGGAGGCUUUGAUACUAGGAAGAGAAUACAUAAUGGAAUGAUUUGUAUUAUGUUGCUUGAUGAUGAAUGAUGUUGUACAUUUAUAUAGAUUGAGAGGAGCUUGGUCCUCUAAUCAUGCUAAUUAGUCAGGGUGAUUACCCUUGAAUCAUAGGAUGAUCGAUACGAUAGAUAAGCGUAUCAAGAUUUCUCCUUGUCAACCAGUUGAUUCUCUAUCACGUAAUAGGAUUAUUAGGAUGAAGAAACUUAGGUCAUAGAUCAUGUGUUACAUGUGUAGUUGGCUAAGGAUACGAUCUCGUUUGAUGCAUAUUUAAGUGGCCAUACAAAGGCUAGCAUAGGUCCAUUCCUGCUGCACACACUGAAUCAGAACCAACAAUGCCAAAGAGAAAGAAACCAAUGGCUUCUUGGCAAAGAAUAUUACACAUAAAGAAUGGAUUUAUAGAAAUUUAUGCAAUGACUGACAUUUCAACCAGCUUGAUUGGCACAAUGCUUUUCAGUCUAACAUCCAUGUAUUGAUUCUGUGACAAUAUGAUGUAGCUGCAGCAGAAGCUCUCUAUGGUGAAUCAAGUCACCUGAAUCUUACAAGUACUAAUGUGACUGUCAUAAUUGGCUGCCAAUAAUGAUUUUAUUUUUCCUCAGCGCGUUUCAUCGUUUGUGAAUAGAAUCCAUGAGUGUGAGGUUUGCCGUCUUCAAGAAAACACAAGCCAAGGAACUGUUGGAAGUCUGGUUCAGAGACAGCCCUCGAUUGCAGUGAAUAUAUCUGUUGUUCUUUCUACAUCCAUGGACAGCAAAUGCCAGGCAGUAAAUUAACUAGCGACUGGGAAGUAACUAUACACAUGCAGUGCGGAGAACACAGAGGCAUCUGGAAAUGGGGAUGAACAUGGGAACAAGCUCUUCCACCAUCAGCUCGAAUUGUCAACAAGAGUAGGUGAAGGCGCACACAGAGACGUCUGCCCCGGAUUCAUGCUGAGGCAUACAGCAGAUGGUACACAUGCAGCUGUAGCAUGUGUGCAAAGCUCCUCCCCGAGGAAUCAGGCAAGGCAAAGAAAGUGUGCAUGAGGCCUGCUCUCGUUUUCAAGGUGGUCCAGCCGCUGCUGAAACUUUAUGGCGAGUACACAGUCUCAAGCAUCUGUUCUUAUCUCGGCCCCUUCCCCUUCCCCUCGCUGUCCGCAGUAGGAGGACACGUAUCUCUAGAUGUCAAGAGGGUCCGGCGAUGCCUAUGUCCUCUCCCUUUCGGCUGAGCGAGCCCACUGCCACCACCACCCCAUGUUCUCGAGGAUGGCCUCUCGUUGGAUUGUAGGGUUUCAGGAUUGUAACAUCGAGCCCGCCUAGCUGACUUCGCUGUUGAUUGUUCGUUCCCGUGUUGCAUCAGUCGCCAUGCUUCUUCACCACAGGCCCCGGAGAGAUCGAUGCAUGGUUGGAGCCAGGAAGAGGGAAAACACUGCGCUCAUCCCGUCAUCCCUUGAUGGGUUGUGCUUUAAAUCGCGUGCUGAGUGACACUACAUUGGAGGUAUUAUUAUGAUUAGAUGUAGCAGCACGCGUAGAGGGAGGGCGAGAGAUGCAAGCUGGAGAUGAUGCGGGGACAGGGAGGGGGUCUGAUCGGGCGGACAUCAGACGCCUCAAUUGACGUGCGCAGGAGAGAGAGAGAGAGAGAGAGAGAGAGAGAGAGAGAGAGAGAGAUUGAUGAGCGACAAGGCCGACGUCGCUCCUCUCCAUGGACUACUCCCCCUGCUGGCUGCAACCUCUGAGCUAAUCCCUGUCCUUCCAUGGAUGGUUGUAGCAUGCAGCCGUUAAGCCACGCCCAGUUGGUCCUCGUGCACAUGAAUCGAUGGGCUACACUAACGAGACAUCCAUUGCUGCUCCCCCUUGUCUUAUCUUGGAAAGUUUCUUUAUCAUUUCUCUUUCUAUUUCUUUCUUACGAUGCUAUUAUCUGAAGAAUAAUUUUAAUUUACAGAGAAGUUUGGCGACU